AUGGCGAACAAGUUUGGAUUAGGUUCUUUAUCUUUAGAAACCAAAAAACCUAACACUACAGCAUGGAUAAAUAAAGCAAAACCUUACUUUGUGGAUCAAAUCGGAGACACUCUGCAAGGUGAUUUAGAUAUGAACAAUUUCAAAGUAACUAAUUUAAAGUCUCCUGAAAAUGAUAAUGACACUGUUCACAAGAAAUAUUUACGGGAUCAAAUAAAUUCAAUGGAAGUAAAUAACCAUUUAGAAGAUAAAAUAAGUAAUGUGAAAAGAUUCUUCAAACGCCAACUAAAUAAUAAAAAUUUUAUUAAUGAAACUAAACUACAGCAGGUAAAAGUUGAUUCAAUAUUCUUCGGACAAGGAUUUCGAUCAUCUAAUAAAUUCAACGCUCGUAAAGUUUAUCAAAGUUUUUCACUCGAACAUUCCUCUUCAACUGAUUUAUUUACCUCAAUCGAUAUUCAUAAAAGUCAACAAGAUAAAGAAUUUAUAAUAUUUUCAUCAAUAAUUGAACGUAAUGGUAGAUUAGAAGUUGGAGGUUUUACAUCAAAACAGAAAUCUCAUUAUAAAAAGAAAACAGAAAUUUUAAAUACAUAUCUUAAUAAAUUAUUCAUAUUUUUCGAAAGAUCGAGAGAAGAUAAGAACAUAACCAUUGAAGAAUUAGAAAAAUUCAAUGAAAUUUUAGAUAAAUUUGAUGGAGAAAUAUCAUCAAUAAAAACAUUUUCAACCAAAGAAAGUAUUUUACUCAUUAGAAGAAAUAACAAAACCUUAGGCAUUAAAGAAUUAGAACAUAAUUACGAUGAAAAUGUAUGGAGAACUUUUAGAGAUGAUAAUGCAGUAACACAAGUUUCACCUCUGAAACUAAAUGUUUUUCCAACAAUUCACGAUGAUUACUUAUACGCAUGGGAUUGCGAAAGCUAUAGCGAAAGAGAAUCGCCAUGUCCACUAGUAACAGCUAGAGGCAUUCCACCUCUACCUUUAACUAAUUCAUUCACCGAUGAAUAUUUACAGAAAAAAUGGAAAAGACAAAAACAAAUAAUUGGCAACUCUAAUUAUCUGCAAAAUAUUAAUUUCAUAUGUUCCUAUCAACAUGAAAAAUCUAGUUUGGCGGCAUGGGUUAAUUUAUCUAAUCUACCAAUGAAUUUGAGAAAGAUCACUGAUAACAAUAUUGCAAAAUACACCGAAGAUAAUUGGGAAUCUUUAAGACACGAAUGGGAACCUUAUGCUACAAGAGAUACGUUAUGUCUUGGAGCUUGUUUGAUAAAAUAUAACAAAGUUAUGAAAGAAGUUGUAUUACAGAAUAUUUCCAAUAAUCUAACGGCUCCUUCUUUAUCUUUAAAGGGUUGGUAUUAUUUAUAUCAUUACCAUAAAGAAAUGGUUGAAGAAGAAUGGUAUGAAACUACUACUAAAAUGGUUCCAAAACACACUGAAAAAGAAAAUAUAGAAAAAGUUUACUCACAUACAUUCCCUUUUAUAAGAUAUUUUAUCAGACAAUCCAUUAAAGGAGGAAGAGUUUCUGCUAACAGAAAAUCAUUUGAAACGAACAAAAUUUUUGUUAAAAUGGAUGAAAUUUGUAAUGUAUUAAAGGAAUUUAUUUCACAAAGUGAAACACGAAGUGAUAAUAUAAUUGAUUUAUUUAAAAAAUAUAGUAAAAGUAAAAAAUACAAAACGGAAGUUAAUUCAAAACUUAAAAAAAUAAAAUGUACUAAACUAAUGGCGUUCGACGCUUCCGCCAUGUCAGAUUUAGACAGCGAAUAUCCUAAAGCGGAAAGUGGAAUACCGUUUCUACCAGAAGAAAAUAAAGAAAUUUGUUAA